AUGGUUCUUCAUUUUUUAUCUGGUCUUGUACCACAUAUUGGUGGUGCAAUAUUUAAAGCAUCAAGUGGUGCUAGUGCUGGUAUUGCAGCAGCUAGUAUUACAACAGUAACAACAAAAUUAGGUAUUGCCGUAACAACAGCCAUAAAAGCAGCUACAGCUUUAAUAGGUAUAGGUAAAUUAACAAUAUUACCAAUUUUAAUAGCUGCCAUAGCAUAUUAUAAUUAUGAUUUAUUUGAUCCUGAAAAUCGGCCAUUUAAUAUUAAGAUGAUACAUAGAGAAUAUGAUUUUGUUAUUAUUGGUGGCGGUUCAGCUGGUAGUGUAUUAGCAUCACGUCUAUCAGAAAUACCAAAUUGGAAAAUUUUAUUAAUGGAAGCUGGCGGUCAUGAAACUGAAAUAUCUGAUGUACCAUUAUUAUCAUUAUAUUUACAUAAAAGUAAAAUGGAUUGGAAAUAUAGAACGCAACCUCAAAAAACAGCAUGCCAAGCAAUGGUUGAUCAACGUUGCUGUUGGACACGUGGUAAAGUUAUCGGUGGUAGUUCUGUUCUCAAUACAAUGUUAUAUAUACGUGGUAAUCGAAGAGAUUUCGAUCAAUGGGAAUCUUUUGGAAAUUACGGUUGGGGUUAUGAUGAUGUUCUACCAUAUUUUAUAAAAUCAGAAGAUAAUCGGAACCCGUAUUUGGCAAAAAACAAAAAAUAUCAUGGAACAGGUGGACUAUGGACUGUACAAGAUUCACCUUAUAAUACACCAUUGGGACCGGCUUUUGUACAAGCUGGUGUCGAAAUGGGUUAUGAUCAUGUUGAUGUUAAUGGUGGACAACAAACUGGUUUUGCAUUUUAUCAAUUUAAUAUGAGACGUGGAGCAAGAGCAAGUACUGCAAAAUGUUUUUUACGUCCAGCUAGAAAUCGUAAAAAUUUACAUAUAGCUUUAUUUACACAUGUAACAAAAGUUAUUAUUGAUCCAAAAACAAAAAGAGCUAUUGGAGCUGAAUAUAUACGUGAUGGUAAAUUUCAUAGAGUAUUUGCAAAACGAGAAGUAAUAUUAUCAGCUGGUGCUAUAGGAAGUCCACAUCUUUUAAUGUUAUCUGGUGUUGGACCACGUGAAGAAUUACAACGUGUCGGAAUACCAAUGGUUAAAGAAUCACCUGGUGUUGGUAGAAAUUUACAAGAUCAUAUUGCUGUUGGUGGUUUAGUUUUUCAAAUUGAUUAUCCUAUAUCAAUUGUCAUGAAUCGAAUGAUUAAUAUAAAUACAGCUUUAAGAUAUGCAAUAACUGAAAAUGGACCAUUAACUAGUAGUAUAGGAUUAGAAGCGGUUGCAUUUAUUAAUACAAAAUAUGCAAAUUCAUCAGAUGAUUGGCCUGAUAUGAAUUUUAUGAUGACAUCAGCAUCAACUAGUUCUGAUGGUGGUACACAAGUUAAAAGAGCACACGGUUUAUCUGAUGAAUUUUAUAAUGAAGUUUUUUCUGAAAUCAAUAAUAAAGAUGUUUAUGGAAUAUUUCCAAUGAUGUUAAGACCAAAAAGUCGUGGUUUAAUACGUCUUGUUUCAAAGAAUCCAUUACGUUAUCCAUUAUUAUAUCAUAAUUAUUUAACACAUCCAGAUGAUGUUAAUGUAUUAAGAGAAGGUGUUAAAACUGCUAUCGCAUUAUCACAAACAUAUACAAUGCAACGUUUUGGUGCACGUUUUUGGAGUAAACCAUUACCAAAUUGUAAACAUUUACCAUUAUUUACCGAUGAAUAUUGGAAUUGUGCUGUAAGACAAUAUACAAUGACAAUAUAUCAUAUGUCAUGUACUGCAAAAAUGGGACCACCAAAUGAUCCAAUGGCUGUUGUUGAUCCACAAUUAAGAGUAUAUGGUAUUAAAGGAUUACGUGUUAUUGAUGCUAGUAUUAUGCCAACAAUAACAAAUGGUAAUAUACAUGCACCAGUUGUUAUGAUUGCUGAAAAAGGUGCCGAUAUGAUUAAAGAAUUAUGGCUUAAAGAUUAUUAUGUUCGAGUGAAACGUAAUAAUAUAACAUUAAUAAAUCCAGAUUAUACUGUAAAGAAUGCUGAACAUGAUGCUGCUGUUGCAAAUGGUAUAGAAAAUUCAAAAAUUUCAUUACACAGAACGCUAAAAGUGAAGAACAACAAAGCUAUUUGGGGAAUUUCUGAAAUUAGUUUAAAUUGGGCUCUAAAUUUAAUUACUUUAAAUGCGUAUUCAAGUAUCAAAACAUCAAAAUCAGCAUUUGGUUUGUCAAGUAAACAGUCGCUGUCUAUUGGAAUUCACAAUAAUAUAACUAUACAGCUUCAAUAUAAUUAUAAUUAA